AUGUAUAAUUGGAUUUAGUAGCAAACAACAAUUGAAAGUGCAUACAUCGGCGAACGCAAUAAAAAAAGCCAAACAAGCAAUAAUUAAACCCAAUUGAAAAUAUACCUAUAUCGUCUACGUCUACCCCCGCAACGUCGGCAAUUAUGAACAACAACUUAAUAAGUCGCGACGUAAGAUCAGAACCAUUGAAGAAAAAACCUAAAGCAUUAUUGGUGGAACAGGAAAAUGAUUUAUUAAUUAUAAAAAUAAAUCGUUUGCAGGCAAAGAAUGCCUUAAAUCGUAGUGCAGUUUACGAACUAAUUGCCGCAGUAGAGGGGGCCACCAAUAAUAAAGACAUCAAAGUGGUGGUGAUUACGGGUGUGGGUGAUAUUUAUACGGCUGGUAAUGAUCUUAAGCAAAUACAAGAAUAUAAACUACCAGAGGAUUAUUAUCGUGGUGCCAAUUAUGUUUUAAGGGCCUUGGUGAAAACGUUCAUAGCCUGCCCCAAGUUGUUGGUGUGUUUGGUCAAUGGUCCCUGCAUAGGUAUUGGCUUUACUUUAUCUGCUCUUUGUGAUGCAGUAUAUUGCACUAGAAAUGCUUAUUUUCAAACACCUUUUACGCAUUUGGGUUUGUGUCCCGAAGCUUGUGCCUCCUGGACUUUUCCCCGUUUAUUUGGUCAAUCUUGGUCUACUAAACUUUUGUUAUUUGGUGAAAAACUAACAGCUGAAAAGGCUAAAGAAAUCGGUUUUGUUUUGGAAGUUUUCGAGUUAGAAAAUGAACAAGAAAUUGAAGAGAAAUUUUGGCAAAAAAUGAGAGAAUAUGCUAAAUUACCUUGGGAAUCAUUACGUACAACGAAACGUUUAAUUAGAGAGCCUUUAGAGCAGGAAUUGCUGAGAGCUAUGAAUAAGGAAUUGCAAGAAAUUGAAAAGCUGCGCCGUGGACCGGUAUAUAAACAAGCCAUGGAAACAUUUAUACAAAAAUCUUUAAAUGUUAAUAAAAGUAAAUUGUAAAAAAGCACAAA